CUUGUUUUUAAAAGGCAAAGCAGAUGUUUUUAUCCGGAAAGGAAGAGUCUUCUAGGCCUGGGCUUAGUUGUCCCCAGUCGUCCCCAGCAAACCGCCUGGCAGACUCAGACACACUGCCCCGGGACGGCUGGAAGGCCGCUGCCCUCGCCCGUGGCCGCUGCCUCGGGAGAGCUAGGGUGGGUGGGGGCUGGGAGCAUUUUUCCUCUUGGAAACCCUCCUCGCUGCUGGAGAUGGGGUUGGUGUCUGACGGAGGAGUCCGAGCUCAGGGCGAUGGGGGGAAGCCUGUCACGCUUUUCUUCUCAGCUGAUGCCCACCGCGGCCCGUGUUCCCGUUUGUUUCUAAAGACUCCUCGAGCAUUGCCUCCUGGGGUGGGUCCAGGAAGUGCCGGGGACGGGGGCAUGAAAUGAUCCGUCCCAGGACCGCUGGCUGUCGGUGCAGAGGGCAGUGUGCGGCUCUGGGGUGCACGCCGCCGUCAGCAGGUGGCCCUCGGGAGCUUGCUUUCUGACCCCUCGUGUCCACUCUUCAGCAUCUCGGGAGACAGCUGCCUGCGGCCCCUGCCAUCCCUGGAAGCACCUUCUCCGCGCCUCUGCCCCUCUGGAUCACGUGGGGGGGCGCCUGGGGCUUUGCUGGAAAAGCGGGAGCCGUGGCUUUGCGCGUGGCUCUGUGCGGGGGGAUGUCAGCGGUCGGUGUGGGCCCAGGCCGGCCUUCUCGGCAUGCUGCUCUCCCCGGGGCUGGACACGGCGGGAAGCCAGCCAGCCCGGAAGGGAGGCGGGGUAGCUUGGCCUAUGUCAGGGCCAGAUCAGAAUGGGGAUUGGGGUAGAAAUUGUUUGUGUUUCUCUGGUCAUUUGGCUGAAAAUGGUGGUUUAUUGGCAAAGGACACACAUUUUAAAUAAAUACACGUGUGUGGGUAACAUGCCUUCUGUCCAGGCUCCUAAGACUCACAGACCAAAGGUUCUUUAUUUCUUUGUUGUCAGGGAUCCCUUUCUACCCAAGUGGUGUGAACCCGUGACCCUUUCUCUGAAUUACAUGCGUGCAGUGAAAUUCCAAGGGCGGGAGCAGUUCCAUGGCCUGGGCUCCCUGUACUGCCGGGGCGCGGCCGCGGUCAUCCUCACCUACGACGUGAGCCACCCGCAGAGCCUGUUGGAGCUGGAGGACAGGUUCCUGGGCCUCACGGACACGGCCAGCACGGACUGCCUCUUCGCCAUCGUGGGCAACAAGGUGGACCUCGUCGAGGAGGGGGCCGCCAAGGGCCGGGAGGAGGACGGGCCCGGCCCCGGGACUGCCGGCAGCCGCAGAUCACCCAAAGUGCCCAAGCUGGUGCAGCCGGAGGACGCGGUGGCCCUUUACAGAAAGAUCCUCAAGUACAAGAUGCUGGACGAGAAGGCUGUGCCUGCGGCCGAGCAGAUGUGCUUUGAGACCAGCGCGAAGACCGGCUACAACGUGGACCUGCUGUUCGAGACCUUGUUCGACAUGGUGGUACCCAUGAUCCUGCGGCAGAGAGCCCAGGGGCCGCCGCAGACCGUGGACAUCAGCAGCCACAAGACGCCCAGACGGACCAGGUCUGGGUGCUGCGCCUGACUCCGCGGGGCCGCGAGCCCUGGUGUCUGCGGUGGGCCGGGGUCGGCCCAGUGUGCUGCGGUCAGAAGGCACGCGGAGUUGCGGAGCAGGCGGCACACGGAGGUGGACGUCCGGGGACAACAACAGCGGGGCGUUCCGUGUCUGCGGGGACGGCUCCUCCAUCUGCAUCGCUGCGUGGGAAGCGGGGGACACGGGAAUUGCCUAUAGAAAACACUCCUCUGAGCCAAGACUCCCGAGGACCGUUGUGCGGUGCUGGUCCGUUCCUACAUCCUGGCCUUGCUGAAGCCUGUGGCCUGGCUUCUGCGGCACCUGGCGUGUAUGAGCACCUGGCCGUGGCACCUGGCAUGUAUGAGCACCUGGCCGUGGCACCUGGCGUGGUACUUGGUGUGCGUGGGCACCUGGCCGUGGCACCUGUCCCACUUCCGUGUUUUCGCAGACACUGUCUUCGUGGCAGUCUCUCCGCUUGGCCUUUCUAUGUGGAUGUGUCACCUUGACUCUUGCCUUGUUAAUUUAUACCAAGUCCGGGAUUACUGCUUUCAUACUGGUUGUAGCCGUGCGAGCUAUGAUUAUUAUUAAAAAGGAUUAUGAGAA